CGCUACUCUCCUUUAUCGAGGCCACACCCCUCUCUUUUAACAAUACUUCCCUUCCUAAUUUAGUCUUGACCUCAGUUUGCUCCGGUGCGCCGAAGACAACGAAAUAUCUAGCUGUCAUCGCCGUCAGAACUUUGGAAAUACGUUACAUAAAAUCUGAAUUAGAUAUAAUAAAUACCCCUGCCCUUCACUCCAGUCACCUCGUCUCCCUCUCUUUCCUCCCCCGACAUCACUCAACAGAUAUAAUAUCCGUACACGCGAGCCGAUACGGUUUCUUUAAUAGUGAGCGUGCACAAAGGGAGUCGGGAGACACGUCUCUUUUACUCUUAAUUUGACCUCCUGAAGGCGGCUAUCCACCUCUCCACUCGGUUUUGCUGCGAUGUUGUUGCGUCUCGUGCCGGAACCUCCGCUUCCGACCAUCCUUUUCACUCUUGCCUUUGGCAACCUACCAGACGGUGUGCCAUUUCCCCCAUCGUGGACCGCACAAUUGCAACACAUUCUACAUGACGAGCUGGAGCUGCCACAGUGCAUCCACGCCCUCGACAAGGCUGUCUGGGCGGCGUGCCUUUUACACGAAGUCACGUUCAGUGUCGCGGCGCAGAGCGUGUCUGUAAUCUUUGUCGAUGGCACAAGCACUGAGUGGCCCCUGGCAGAUGAGAAGCUAGAGAAAGCGUUAAGGGAAGUGAUGGAGGACGUUGGUGAGAGCAGUGUAGCCGCAGAGAUGGAGCAGCGCCGUGCGCAGGCGAUACAGGUUGCUGCCGAGGCCCAAGCGGCGCAGGAGCGCAUGCCGGCCUCUCCGAGUGCGCCACCCGCGAAGGGGAAACAUAAGAAAUCAAGGAGUUUAUUGAUGUCGCUGGUCGCAUCAUUUGUUCCUUCGCAUAUUCCUCCAGCAGCCCUACCGUCUCUUGUGCCCCCACGAUCUAUAGCACCUUUGGAACUUGCACCUCCUCCCCCGGAACCGCCUCAGUCCUCUCGUUAUUUGCGGCGCAAGGCACGUGCCGCAUUGGUCGAUAUUUAUAGACGUUACGUUCUCCUUGCCCUUGCUUCCGACUCGCCUCUUUCAGUGUGCAAAAGCAAUACGGAAGGUGUUUCUGCGGCAAACUACGUGCUUUGGAAUCUGCAUAGUAUAUUGAAGCGUAUCGAAGGACGCAUGCACCUGCUCGGAGUGGAGCUUGGCUCCUCUAGUUCCGAAUCUUCUGUGAAGACAUAUAACUCUCAUCAAGGUCCGAGAAAGCUCCGUACGUCGCCAUCUGCGCUUUCAGAGUCUCCUUUCGACGAAGAGGAGGAAACAUCGAGUGCGACCGGCACGGCAGAGAGUACGUCAGACAGCGCUGACACCGAAGCAAGCUCAGUAUCGGCCCAUACUCCGCGCGACGUGUUGCCAGCGUAUCCUCUACUUUGCACUAGUUCUUCGCAAGAGAAGGAGAAUGCUGCUAUAGAGAAUGAGGGUGGAAUCGUUAGGCCCGCAUCACCCCUUACUGUACCUUCUUCCGCUCCAUCGCCUUUACAGCCACGUUCAAGGCCUCAAUCUAGGCGACUAACCAGGCGUCCAGCCCCACCCCCUCAGAAUCUACAACAACGAGCGCAACCAACACAGCAGCAAGCUCAGCAGCAUGAAUACGCGCUGUUGCAUGCGAGUACUGUCCGGCUGCGCGCUUUGAUCUCUCGGAAUUCUUCCUUUACGCUAGCUCAAGGGGAAGAAAGGAGCGCGGUUCUCGCAACUUUAGAGAGGAAGAGUCGAAGGCGGGCAUGGAGCUGUAGGCAGCUAAUGGGUGCUGCAAAUGUCGACGUCGGACUGAGAGAGGGCCUUAAUAUGCCGAUGAGAGGAAGUGGUCUUAGAUGGUCCUGGGUAGUGAGUGUCGAAGGAGAGAAUAUCCACGCGCAUGGAAGAGUUGGAGUUCCUCGUACGCCGAGACGCCGAGACGCUGGUUUGCCAGCACCGGGGCAGAUGCGGAUAUCGAGAACCAUUUCUGUGCCUGUCCUUGCAUCGGCAUUCGUCGUCCCCUCACAAGCAGGUUGCGUACCUUUUCCACAGACGGAAUCGGUGGAAGACUUCUGCUCGACUGGUCCGCAAGAUACGAGUCGGCUUUUCGGAGGUGGAGAAGAGAGCGAAAGCGAAGAUUCGGAGGCUGAAAUCUUUGAACCGCAGAACGCCGGAGGUAUGGCUCCGUACGCCUGUUCACGCUCAUCGGACGACUUGCCUAGUCUAUUCUCUUCCCUUUCUACUUCUUCGUCUACUUCAUUAUUGCCUUCACCCAACUCCUCCGACGUCGAUCCCGAGUUCGAAGAUGUAGAGUUUGGCCAUGCAUCUCAGCCAUCGUCGAUGCAUGCAUUCAAAGAGGGGGAUGCGUUCGAACCACCAUGCGAUGCGUCUGCGCCUGCGUUGUGCUUUGAGGAGGCGUGCAAGUGUCGACAUGUCACUCCGAGUCGAGAGUCAAUUGGUGUGGGCAGAGGGAAAGGCAUCGUCCCGAGCUUGAUAAUGCAUGCGAGGAGGAAGACGUUCGCCCGAUAGUGUUUCUCCUUCGCUAUAUUUUCUCUCGCAGUGUUCAUCCUCGCUUAUCCGUCUUACCUUCCAAGCAAGUUAAUCGACCAAAUCUGACUCAACGCCGAAUUGGACAUCUUUACGCCAGUCAACUCAUCAUCGCACUUCUUCGAGGUCACGAUCUUCCAUCACCAUCUGCAUUCUCCUCAUCACUCAUCAUCUCCCAAGCAAAUCUCCACGGAGUUCUUAUCAUACCAUCGGCCUUUUGAUAUCUUAUUUUUAUUCCUAUUAAUAGCCUCUUACGCAUACGCGUAGCUCGUCGCUCGCUCGCUUUCUGCAUAAUCUUGUUCUUGUUCCCGUAUCACUGUCCCUUGUCAAGCCUCUCAUUGCUUUCCCCAACCGCGCUCAUUCUCUCUUUCUUUCUCGUGUUUUAGUCGACUUCGCUAAAGGCGAACCCAAGGCAAUUUCUGGUCUGUUCUGUUUUCAUCGAUUGGUCACGCUCCUUGAACAGCAGUUCUCAUUCUCAUUCUCGUUCUUUUCUUUUUUUGUUCUUCUUUCAAGCUUUUUGGAAGCAAUCACUCAAUCAAAAUCCCAGCAUUCUCAUGACUGUCUCUUCCCUGCAUAUCAAUGCCGUCAUUCAAUUGCAUUUUCUCUUUUUCCAAUGGCACCGCUCCUUGCAUGUUCACUUCAAUUUUUAUCUUAUUGCACUUUCGCAUUCUCAAUCUGGUCUCCCGAUGCAUUCACCGUCCUCGACCCGCCACUUAUUCAUAUUCCUUCAUUUAUUCUCGCCUCAGACUCCAAUAGGAAUUAGUCCUCUCUGAUUUCACUUGCAAAGUUCGAUGCUCCACUGCAAUGGCACUCGUUAUUUCAUUAUUUACCUUGUCUCUCCUUAAUUACCCUUCCGGCCUAUACUUUUGGUCCAAGAGUCCCUUCCGUGUAUACAUACUUAGAU